AUGGUGUCCAAAACCAGAGCAGUGGAGCAGUCAGUCCUCACAUGGACCCUCAGAGUCUCACAUGGACCCUCAGAGUCUCACAUGGACCCUCAGAGUCUCUCAUGGACACUCAGAGUCUCACAUGGACCUUCAGAGUCUCUCAUGGACCCUCAGAGUCUCAGAUGGACCCUCGGAGUCUCUCAUGGACCCUCAGAGUCUCACAUGGACCCUCAGAGUCUCACAUGGACCCUCAGAGUCUCACAUGGACCCUCAGAGUCUCUCAUGGACCCUCAGAGUCUCAGAUGGACCCUCAGAGUCUCAGAGUCUCAGAUGGACCCUCAGUCCUCUCAUGGACCCUCAGAGUCUCAGAGUCUCAGAUGGACCCUCAGAGUCUCUCAUGGACCCUCAGAGUCUCAGAUGGACCCUCAGAUCAGGAUCCUUCAGGAUCCUUCAGGAUUCUUCAGGUUGGAGUCAGGAUCCUUCAGGAUCCUUCAGGAUUGGGUCAGCGUCCUUCAAGAUCCUUCAGGUUGGAGUCAGGAUCCUUCAGGACCUUUCAGGAUUCUUCAGGUUGGGGUCAGAAUCUUUCAGGAUCCUUCAGGUUGGGGUGAGGAUCCUUCAGGAUCCUUCAGGAUUGGGUCAGGGUCCUUCAAGAUCCUUCAGGAUUCUUCAGGUUGGAGUCAGGAUCCUUCAGGAUCCUUCAGGAUUGGGUCAGGGUCCUUCAAGAUCCUUCAGGUUGGGGUCGGGAUCUUUCAGGAUCCUUCAGGAUUGGGUCAGGGUCCUUCAGGAUCUUUCAGGAUCCUUCAGAUUGGGGUCAGGAUCCUUCAGGAUCCUUCAGGUUGGGGUCAGGAGCUUUUAGGAUCCUUCAGGUUGGAGUCAGGAUCCUUCACGAUCCUUCAGGAUUGGGUCAGGGUACUUCAGGACCUUUCAGGAUUCUUCAGGUUGGGGUCAGGAUAUUUCAGGAUCCUUCAGGUUGGGGUCAGGAUCCUUCAGGAUCCUUCAGGUUGGGGUCAGGAUCUUUCAGGAUCCUUCAGGUUGGGGUCAGGAUCUUUCAGGAUCCUUCAGGUUGGGGUCAGGAUCUUUCAGGAUCCUUCAGGUUGGGGUCAGGAUCCUUCAGGUUGGGGUCAGGAUCCUUCAGGUUGGAGUCAGGGUCCUUCAGGACCUUUCAGGAUUCUUCAGAUUGGGGUCAGGAUCUUUCAGGAUCCUUCAGGUUGGGGUGAGGAUCCUUCAGGAUCCUUCAGGUUGGGGUCAGGAUCUUUCAGGAUCCUUCAGGUUGGAGUCAGGAUCCUUCAGGAUCCUUCAGGAUUGGGUCAGGGUCCUUCAGGACCUUUCAGGAUUCUUCAGGUUAGAGUCAGGAUCCUUUAGGAUCCUUCAGUC